AUGGCCAAACCAGUGGGAAACAAGAACAUGGGGUUAUUAAAAUCUGUAGAAGAGAGAGCGUUGUCCAAGAAGAUGGAGGAUGAUCAAAAGAAGCAUCCAGUUGGCCCAGCACCUUAUUUUCAUAAGGAUUGCAUGUCGAAUAUCCUUAUCUGGCUUCCUCUUGAAUCACUUCAAAAUUCAAGAUUUGUGUGUAAGCCAUGGUACAAUAUAAUUAACAGCCGAACUUUCAUUGAUUCACAUUUCCGUCGUUCUGAAUCUGUUUUGAUCUUUCUAAAAUCAGUUUCAAGAGAAAGAUCAUAUCCUUAUUCAAUACCAUUCCCUUUUUCUAUGACAUCAAUGCCAGAGGAGCAAGGAAAUACCUUCUCAGUUGAAGUAACUUUGAUUCAAGCAAACUCAAAAUCUGUCCCCAUUUUUGGCCCCCAUAUCGCUGGCAACUCAUCAAAAUUCCUUAUCCAGUUCAUGGAAUUUAAAGAGGGAAAGAUCACGGUAGGAAAGUAUAAUGUUAGCUGCCUGGGCAACAUUAGAGCGACAUGCAAUGGCCUAAUUUUGCUUGAUAACCGUGUGAAGAAAGGACUGAUAGUCAUGAAUCCUGUGACACGGAAGCUCAUUACACUUCCUCUGGGUACUUUGUGUAAUUAUCAUAAGGAGUCCUAUGGAUUUGCAUUGAACCAUGUCACCAGAGACUAUAAGGUGGUGCACCUGUUUCGGGAUGAGUUUGAGUAUGUCACUUGUGAGACACUAGAUCUUGCGACAAGAUCAUGGAGGGCAGUGAAUGGACCUUCUUUCGGACUUUUUAAUUGGUUUGGGCAUGCACCUGUUUCUGCAAUUGGAGCUUUGCAUUGGAUUCCAAAUUAUGAUAAUAGUGACUACAUAGUGUCAAUGGAAGUGGAGAACGAAAAAUUUCAUAUUAUACCGCUACCCCAGAGUUGUACUGCUCAUGACAGGAUUAUGGAGAUGGGUGGUCUCUUAUGUUUUGUCACUCAUGAAGAUUUGAACAUUGAUAUUUGGAACUUGAAGACUGUGCAUGAAGGUAUCUGGACAAAGCAAUAUAGCAUCACUAAAGGUAGCUUGAUUGACAUGGUUCCACUUUUUAGUUUAAGAAUCAGUGGAGAUGUAAUUUUCAGGAGGAAGGAAGAUGGCUCAUUCCAUGCUUAUGACUUUAAAUCCGAAGCGAUGAGAAAGUUUGAGAUGGACAAGGAGUGCAUCCCAUCAUUUGGCUCAUACCUUCCUCAUGUAAACAGCCUUCUCUCAUGGACACCAAGUCAUUAUGUGUCUGAUUGA